AUGAGUAGUCCAAAGCGGAGGAUAGAGACGGACGUGAUGAAGCUCAUGAUGAGCGACUAUGAGGUGACUCUGGUCAACGACAACAUGCAGGAGUUCUAUGUCAUUUUUAAGGGCCCAUCGGAAACACCCUUUGCAGAUGGCAAGUGGAAAGUCCACGUCGAGUUACCUGACCAAUACCCUUACAAAUCUCCUUCGAUUGGCUUCGUCAACAAGAUUUUCCACCCAAACAUCGAUGAGGGGUCGGGCUCAGUGUGCUUGGAUGUCAUCAACCAGACGUGGUCACCCAUGUUCGACAUGAUCAACAUAUUCGAGGUCUUCCUGCCUCAACUCCUCAGAUACCCGAACCCUACCGAUCCAUUGAACGGAGAAGCAGCCGCGCUGUUAAUGAGGGAGCCCAGAAGCUACGAUGCCAGAGUCAAAGAAUACAUCGUUCAAUACGCGACACACAUCCAUAACGACGCGGAUGAAGACGAAGGCGAGACAGAUGGGGAAUUGAGCGAAGUGGAAGACUUCGACAGCGACGGCGAGGACGAACCAGCGGGAACUAUGGAAGACGUAUAA